AUGGAACUGGCCUCAACAUCAAUUGGCACGUUUACAGUCGAUCUUUUCAACAAGCUGAAUGAGACCAAAAAGGGCAAAAAUGUUUUCUUUUCCCCUUGGAGCAUAUCAUCUGCUCUGGCUCUGAUGUACCUGGGUGCAAAAGGCAAUACCGCAACAGAGAUGGCAGAGGUUCUUCAUUUCACUCAAGCUGCAGGAGCUGAAAGCUCUUCUUCUGUGGCCAGACCUUCUCGAGGGAGACCAAAGAGAAGAAAAAUGGACCCUGAGCACAAGCAAGCUGAAGAUAUCCAUUCUAGCUUCAAAGAGCUCCUGACUGCCAUCAACAAACCCAGAAGCAGCUACUCGCUGAGAAGCGCCAACCGCGUUUAUGUGGAAAAAACCUUCCCAUUAUCGCCUAGGUACAUACAGCUCAGUAAGAACUACUACAAAGCUGAGCCACACAAGAUGAACUUUAAGACAGCACCGGAACAAUCCAGAAAGGAAAUCAAUGCUUGGACUGAAACACAAACUGAGGGCAAAAUCAAGAAUUUACUGAAUUCACAAGAUGUGACACCCGCCACCAAGCUGGUCCUGGUAAAUGCCAUUUACUUCAAGGCAGAAUGGGAAGCAAAAUUUCGGGCAGAAGAUACAGAGGUGCAACCCUUCCGACUGAGCAAGAACAAGACCAAGCCUGUGAAGAUGAUGUGCAUGAGACAUACAUUUCCAGUUCUGAUCAUGGAAAAAAUGAAUUUCAAAAUGAUCGAGUUGCCGUACGUGAAACGCGAGCUCAGUAUGUUCAUCCUCCUUCCCGAUGACAUCAAAGACAAUACUACAGGUCUCGAACAGCUGGAAAGAGAACUGACGUAUGAGAAGCUGUCCAAAUGGGCCGAUUCCAAGAUGACCGAAACUCUUGUGGACCUGUACCUACCCAAGUUCACACUGGAGGAGAGAUAUGACAUGAGCGAUACUCUGGACAACAUGGGAAUGCACAGUGCCUUCCGCAGCAACGCUGAUUUCAGUGGCAUGGCCGAGAAGGGUGGUGUGCUGAUCUCCAAAGUUCUUCACAAGUCUUUCAUUGCAGUUGAUGAGAAAGGCACAGAGGCAGCUGCUGCUACUGUAAUUACAGUCCUAACAAGUUCACCUGCUGUCAAUGCUCUGAAAUUUAAGGUUGACCACCCUUUCCACUUUUUCAUUAGACACAACAAGGCUAAGACCAUCCUCUUUUUUGGCAGAUUCUGCUCUCCCCUGGAAUAA